AAGUUUAAACGCAGAAGAGAAGAGAAGAAAACCCUAAAAAUAUAAAAGGGGGCUUUAGGCGGAGGCGCAGGUGUUGAGAAGCUUUAUUUGUUAGUGAAAAUGUCUGACGAAGAGCACCAAUUUGAAUCAAAGGCAGAUGCCGGAGCUUCCAAAACUUACCCUCAACAAGCUGGUACUAUUCGGAAGAACGGUUACAUUGUAAUCAAAGCUCGUCCUUGCAAGGUUGUGGAAGUCUCCACUUCCAAGACUGGCAAGCAUGGACAUGCCAAAUGUCACUUUGUAGCAAUUGACAUCUUCACUGGCAAGAAACUUGAGGAUAUUGUUCCCUCUUCACACAAUUGUGAUGUCCCCCAUGUUAAUCGUACAGAUUACCAGCUUAUUGACAUCUCUGAGGAUGGAUUUGUGAGUCUCCUCACUGACAAUGGUAAUACUAAGGAUGACCUGAGGCUUCCAACAGAUGAGAGUCUUCUCUCACAGAUCAAGGAUGGAUUCGCCGAGGGUAAAGACCUUGUUGUGUCUGUCAUGUCUGCCAUGGGUGAGGAGCAGAUUAAUGCACUGAAGGAUAUUGGUCCAAAGUAAAAUGUGCCAAGGGAGAGGAGGGACAUGACAGUAGCGGAAAACGGGACCAGCUUGUUCAAGAACAUCUACUUCUACUUAGUGUUCUCGAUACGCAAGCCCCCAAUUUCUAUUUGAUCCUAUAUCCAUAGUCCUUGAGUUAGAUUGUUGUUCUAAUAUUUGUUGGAAUUUU